GAUGAUUAGGGAUUUAUGAUUAUAAAUUAACUACCGAUAACCCGUUAUAAAAAUUAGUAUAUAAAUAAGACUUGGUUUAGACUAAACCGACAUAGUUGAAUCCGCUUGCAAGCAAUCAAGAUGAAGUCGUUAUCAAUUUUAAUUUUGACUAUAUGCGUUUCGCUCUGUGUUACAGGUAUGUUAUUUAAAUUGUAAAUUUUGGCAAUUAUUAUAACUUGUUAUGAAAAAAAAUUAUAAAUUAACAAAAUGUGUUUUAUUUUUACUGUAAUUUAUAACUAUAGGUGAUUCAUUAAUGCUCAUCUUAUGCUAAUCGGUCUAAGUUAAAUUUAAUGUAUGUAGAAUGUGAUCUUUCUAUCCUAUAUAAGUACCAGUUGUUUUUUCGGUUAAUUUUGAGUUUAGAUAAAAAAAGUGGGCAACGAUAAAUUAUUACUUACCAUUUUUAACUUUCUUACCCCAAUUAUAAUAUAACGCUCUUCAAAACUUACAAAAAUGCAUAACGCACACUGUACAUGUAAUUACAUAACUAUCAUUAGAAAAAAAAAAUAAUAUGUAAAUCAAUAAUUGAAAUAAAUAUAAAAGGUUAAGUUUGUUGGUUUCAUUUUUUGAACAAAUAUAAUUAUUAACUAUAUUAUAUAUUUAUUAUAGUACUUAGAAAUAUAAAUAUUAAAACCUACGUGAAAAAUAUAAAAAUUGAGUAGGAUUUGAACAAUGUGUUAUCCAAUUUCAUUCGAACCUAUUUAAACCUUAAUAUAAAUUAAUUUUUAUUAUUUAAUUUAAAAAAAAAAAAAACAUGUAUUCGAAAUUGACUGCAUAAAUGAAAAAUGUAAUAUUGUGUAAUGAAUUGUUAACUUAUAGAUGCGUACAAGUUGGUUAAUUGGGAAUUUGACAAUGAUACGUUACCUGAGAUGUUACCGAAAAUGAUGCUCGGAAAAAGUGAUGAAGAGAUCCAAAAAGCUGUUUUCUUUGCAAGCGAUAAUCAAAUGAAAAUUGUCGCAGAAUACAAUGGGCGGGUGUAUGAACCCGAUUUUCCAUAUGGUUAUUUCGAAAAUGAAAUAUCAUUACCAUACACAGAAACAUUUCAAUCGGAAACAGAAUUAGCAUUUGCCAACAACGUAGCCAAAGGAUUCAGGAAUUAUAAAACAAACAUAAUUAUCUUUAAAUGGGAUUCUGAUAAUGUAAUUUCAAUAUUUAUAUAUCUGCAUUUACUAUAAAUUAAUAUUCUAAUUUUAGACACCACACUAACGUGGACAAUCAGACAAGGGGUAGAUUAUAAGUAAACAUUUGCCUAAACCAGUUAUAGUAUAAGUGGUUUAUGCAGAAAAGUGUUUUGCAUAGUAUAGUCUUGAGUGGAGGUCAAAUUAUUUUAUCAUGGGAGGGGGUAUAAGGGUAAUUUUUAAGAAAUGUUAUUAUUCGCAUAAUUUUUUAUUAGUUUAAAAAUGUAACAUAAUAAUAUGUAUUAUUAUACAUAUUUAAGAGAGCGGUAAUGGGAGGAUAAAUCCCUCUCAACCCUCCUUGUUUAACCGAAUCUGUAAGUCUUAUAUAAUAUAGGAUAUUAUACACAUUUCUGAGUUUAUUAAAAUUCAUUACCAAUAAUAAUAAUAAUUGAACGAACGUUACCCUAAACUAACCCGGCAUUAUACGAUUAAAUCUUUUUCUCAGCACAUUUGUUGUAUAUAUUAAUAGAGUUUUCUGUAUCUACGUAUCUCUUGUAUAUAUUACACCGUUACACGUGAUUCCAAUGUAUACAAAAUAUUUAUACAAUUGUAAAUUACUGUUUACAGUUAAUAACCGAAGUCGGUUGGCAAGACAUCCAAAUUAAAGGAACUUAUGUCUAUUCAAACGCCUCGUUCUACGAAGAAGGCAAAUAUUCCAUUCAAGUGAACAAUUUAAAAUACCAAACAAAUACAUCUAUUUCCGGCAAUACCAUGAAAUAUCCCGCCUCAGUGCCCAAAUCGAGUAUUUCUUAUGAAAGUGGUAAAGUUUCAUUCUCCGAAAAAAUAUCAGAAGUUAUUGACAUUAACUCGCCGAAUGUAAAGUGAGUAGAUUAUUUUCAGUAUAUAUAUAUUAUUUAUUUUUUAGAGCAUAUUUUAACAAUUUCGUACAUUUUUAACUUUACGAGUAAUUAAUAAAUAAUUACUGCUUAUAAACAAUAAAAAUUAAUAAUUUUAGUACUUCCAAAUUUUUUAAAAAUUGUAUAGAGCUUAUUUUGAUAGAUAUUUGUAUACUGAAUAUCCAUUAUAUACAUUAUAGAUACCUUUAACUCACGUAUAAAUAACCUACAUAGAUAUCAUUUUAAUAUACUGUAUAUUUUUAUUAAAUAGGUAUAUCAUAUAAGAAAAUAAUAAUGAACGUAUCUUUACGAAUUUUAAGUACCUACUAAUAAACAUUCGUAUGAGACAACAUAAUAUUAUACUAUACCUCAGGACAAAUAUUAAUAAUACAUCAUAAUUUUUUAACAGAUACUUUUUGGAAGACAUUUCUUUCCAGCACAUCGCGGACAAUGUUGCCAAGACCAUGUACAAAAACGUCACUAUUGCAGUCAGACAAGGAAUCAGGCCCUAUGUUAUUUUCAGGAAUGUAACUAACACUCACAUCAAAGACUUUACUGGCGAAUUUCCCUCGGGGGUGCAAUACAGAGGAGGCAAUGUUGUCCUCGAAGGAUUGGGCCAAACCUAUACCAAAGUUAAAAGCGUGAAAGUUAACAUGGCUACGAAGGCCGUGUUGUCGAACACUGAAUUCGUGCUGCACAAAUUGCACGGCCAAUACACAUUGCACGUUAACGAAGGCAAACCUUCUGCUCAGUCAGCCAGUUGUCAGUACACCAUCCACCGUAUCACGAUGUAUUCGACCAUUAACAUGUUGAACAGUACAGAUUGCGUUACUCACAUCAACAUUUAUGAUCUUGAAACUGUAAUCAACCCAGCGUUGGGUUUGGCACUCGAAUUAACCAAGAUCUUAAAGGACAAAUUAGUCGACCACUAUAUAGAAAAAUUUAAUUCAAAUAUUUGUUCGUAUCUGGCGUUGACGCUCAAUCCUGAAGCCGGGGAAUUUUAAUUGAUAAAUUCGCAAGCUUUUUACAAAAUAUGUGAUAUUUAUUGUACUGUUACACAUAUUACAAUAAUGUUUUACUAGGAGUAGUUAAAAAUUUAUUACAUUUGUAUAAUUUCCACUUGAUAUAAUAAUUAUAUUGUUUUGCACGAUGACUGG